AUGGAGCAAGUGAAGAAUAGCUUAAUUGGUUUGGUUGCUGGGAUCAACGGUGGAUUUGCUUCAGUAUAUGUUGGACAACCAUUGGAUACUAUUAAAGUCAAGAUGCAAACGUUUCCGGAAGUUCACCCGUCAACAUGGAAGUGUCUACGAGUUACACUUGCGAAGGAUGGAAUCGCUCGCGGGCUCUAUGCAGGAACUGUCCCGUCACUCGUUGCAAAUAUUGCUGAAAAUGCGGUGUUAUUCUGUGCUCUCCCACCUUCUGAACAUCUUAUAGCCGGUCUCUGUGGAGUGGAUAAUAGUAAUCUCUCAGUACUACAGCAUGCACUUGCCGGUAGUAUAGCUGCGUUUUGGUCGAGUUUAACUCUUUGCCCAACCGAAUUAGUCAAGUGCAAAGUUCAGUCAAUGAGGGAAAUGACUGAGUUAGGACAUAUAAAGGUUGAUGUCAAAAACUUAGGUCCAUGGGCAGUAACAAAGUCAAUAUACAAAGAAAAAGGUUUCAAAGGAUUUACUUGUGGUUUAGGUGCUACAUUUGCCAGGGAAAUGCCUGGUUAUUUCUUCUUUUUUGGUGGGUACGAAGCAUGUAGAACAUUGAUGACUCCUACUAAUGGACGUAAAGAAGAUUUGGGUCCUAUUAAAACUGUUAUCGCUGGCGGAAUAGGUGGAGUUUCACUGUGGGUGGCGAUAUUUCCAUUCGAUGUUGUUAAGUCUCGCAUGCAAAUCGGACAUCAUACUGUCACGUCAUCCUCAAUCUCUCAUGGAAACAAAGUCAGUAAACAAAAAAGCAUGUUUUCUGUCCUGUUAGACAUCAAGAGAAACGAAGGAAUUCGUUCACUUUAUCGUGGUCUUGGCCCAACAUUAUUGAGAACAUUUCCAGCAACAGGAGCUUUAUUUCUAGCCGUAGAAUGGACUCGUAAAUGCGGACAUUGGUUACUAGACUGA